ACGAAGAAGGUACGAAAAGUCGAAACAGAGAAAAUUUCCAGUCGCCGUCAACAUUCUCCUCUGGUACGGACGAAAACAAAGAAGCGAAAGCGAUGAACGUAGUUCACGGGCUGAAGAGGAUUCCUCGCAUCAAAUUUCCUCAGCGGCAUUUGAAACCUUCAGAGGGGACGAAGCAGGUGGAAAAUGAAGCUGAUACGUUUUUCUUCUCCAAUUUGAACAUCCCAAGGACUGUGGGCGGGAAGGCGUCAUCGCAGCCAAAGCGUACGCCAGUUUCAAACGAAGAGAUGGAAGCCAUA